AUGUCUCAAAUUGAGGAGAUGAUUACACCUGAAAUUCUCACUCAUCACAUUUUCACCUUCCUUGAUGGUGUCGAUUUAUUCGUCGGAUGCGUCCUUGUAUGUCGGAAGUGGUACGAGUUGGUUUGGGUUUCUCCCAAAAAACUAGUGAAAAUUCAUAAUUGUAAUGCCAAGUUGAGUCUGCUGAUGGGAUUGGGAAGAUUUAAUAACGUGAAAGGCUUUGUGUUGUAUAAUUUUGAUCAUUCUACGUUGGGAUCAUUGUUAUCUUCCAAGCAAAUUUGUAAAUCUGUAGAAAAAUUAAUUAUUGAUGGGCAAGAUGAGAAUUCAAUUGGAAAGGAAGGAGCAAUGCUGAUUACAAGACGUAAACUUCCCAAUUUGAAAUAUUUAUCCCUUAAGGAAUUGUGUAAAUCUGCAAUUUCAAUCAUAUUGAGAGCGGAUAAUUUGAGGAGCAUUGAGGAAUUGUGGAUUUCAAAUAGUGAGGAUGUGAGUGAAGACCAAGUUAAGCAAAAGAUUGUGUUUGCUAAUUUUCCAAAUUUGCAAAUCUUGAAUGGAAUUAAUUUAUAUGAAACAGUUCGCUGA